GCCUUCCUCGGCCGCCGCCACCAUGAGGCGCAGCAAGGCGGAGGUGGACCGCUAUGUCUCGUCGCUGCUGGCCUCGGCCCCUUCCCCCAGAGAGAAAUCAAUGAAGGGAUUCUUUUUUGCCAAGUUGUACUAUGAAGCAAAGGAAUAUGAUGCUGCCAAAAGGUACAUAUCUUCAUAUCUCAGUGUCCAAGAAAGAGACCCCAAGGCACAUAGAUUCUUGGGGCAACUCUGUGAAGGUGAAGAUAAUAUAGAGAAAGCUAUUGGGUGUUACAAGCGUUCAGUGGAAUUGAACCCAACACAGAAAGAUCUUGUAUUGAAGAUUGCAGAGCUGUUGUGCAGUACUGAUGUUAUUGAUGGAAGAGCAAAAUACUGGGUUGAGAGAGCAGCCAAACUGUUUCCUGGAAGCCCUUCAGUUUUCCGAUUGAAGGAGCGUCUGUUGGAUUGCAGAGGUGACGAUGGUUGGAAUCAGCUUUUUGAUUUGAUUCAGUCUGAAUUGUAUGCCAGACCAGAUGAUGUAUAUGUUAACAUCAGACUAGUAAAGCUGUAUAUGUCAAAUAAAAGACUAAGGGAUGCUGUGGCACAUUGUCGGGAAGCAGAGAGAAAUAAUUCUUUACAGUCAAGCUUGGAAUGGUGCUUGUGUGUUGUACAGACUCUUAAGGAAUAUCUGGAAUCCAUACAUGAUCCUGAGUCUGAUAAAGCUGAUUGGAAAAGAACCCACCGGGAUCUAUUGUUGGCUUACUCUAAUCUGGUUGUCAUGAUGCUUUCAAACAGAGAUGUAAAAGAGAGCAGAGAAUCCCUUGAAAGCUUUGAUCAUGCACUUUAUUCAGUGAAACAGUAUGUAACUAGAGAUGAUGAGCUGUCUGUAACCUUCCUGGAAAUGAGAGGCCACUUCUACAUGCAUGCUGGAACUCUGCUCUUAAAAAUGGCCCAGCAAAGCGAGGUGCAGUGGAGAGCCGUUUAUGAAUUCGCAGCACUGUGUUACCUUAUCGCUUUCCAGGUUCCUAGACCAAAGUCAAAACUAAUAAAAGGAGAUCAAGCUGAGCAAGAGAAGUUGGAAAUGUUGGCCUGUGACCGACAAAGCCAAUCUGGCCACAUGCUGCUAAACCUUAGUCAUGACAAGCAAGACUUCUUCAAGGAGAUUGUCGAGUUAUUUGCAAACAAGAGUGGGCAAUCUGCUUUAUUUGAUGCACUAUUUGGGACUGAUUCUUGUAGAAAGAGUUCCCUACUUGGCACUGAUGAUAUCCGAAAUGUUGGUGUACAAGCACCAGAAAACAUGGAGCUAACUAGAUAUGAUAUUGGUGCCAUUAGGUUGCACAGCGGCAGUCUCCAGCACCUUACGUGGCUCGGUCUACAGUGGAGGUCCAUGUCCACAUUGCAAGCCAUUCGCAAGUGGCUAAAGCAGAUUUUUCAUUUGCCUCAGGAAACAUCAAGACUUGAGACCAAUGCUCCUGAAUCAAUCUGCAUAUUGGACCUUGAAGUAUUUCUACUUGGAGUGAUAUUUGCCAGUCACUUGCAAUCCCAGGAAACAGAGAAGUUUAAUACUCUGUACACUGUACACCAACCUCGGUUUCUGCCAUUGCCAAUAUGCAAACAACUUUGUACUGAAAGGCAAAGAGAUUGGUGGGAUGCUGUUUAUAACCUUGUUCACAAACGGGCUAUACCAGGGACAGCGGCAAAAGUGAGACUUCGAGUUCAGCAUGAAAUAAGCAGCCUAAGAGCCUUGGGAAAACAUGGACUUCAGCCCGCUCUAAUUAUACACUGGGCAAAAAGUCUUCUUAAAACAGGCUGUAGCCUUAAUUCUUUCUAUGACCAAAGGGAAUACAUUGGACGCAGUGUUUAUUAUUGGAAAAAAGUUUUGCCAAUACUUGAAACAAUCAAGAAAAAGAAAAGCAUUCCUGAGCCAGUUAAUCCUUUGUUCAAGCAUUUUCACAGUGAAGAUAUUCAGGCUUCCCAUGUUGAAGGAUAUCGAGAGGAAGCACACAUAGCAUUUGCUAUACUGGAUGCUGUUGAUGGAAAAACAGAUGAUGCUAUGCAAGCAUUUGAAGCUAUUAAAAACGUUGUCUCGUACUGGAAUCUUGCCCUGAUUUUCCAAAGGAAAGCCGAAGAGAUGGAGAAUGAUGGUCUGUCACCAGAAGAACAAGAAGAAUGCAGGAAUUAUCUAAAGAAAAGCAGAGACUAUCUCAUAAAGAUAAUUGAUGAAAGCUGCACAGAUACAUCAGUAAUGGAAAAGUUACCUGUAUCUAUAGAAAUGGUUAAGGAGAUGUUGGAAGGUGUAUUGCAAGAACUUGGGGACAACGGUGAAGAAAGGAGUUCUGCCUUAAACAAUGACCUGAGCCAUCCCGCCGAAAUGGAAAUUAAACAUUCUACUCCAUCACCCACAAAAUUCUCACUGUCUCCAAGUAAAAGUUACAAGUUCUCUCCCAAAACUCCUCCUCGCUGGGCAGAGGACCAAAAAUCUCUACUUCAGAUGCUCUGUCAGCAAGUGGAAUCUAUCAAGCAUGAGAUGCAAGAACUGAAACUUAACAAUUCAAACACAAACAUAUCUCAUCGGUGGCCUGCUGAAAGCUAUGGAGCAGAGACAAUGUCAGAUGGCUAUCAAGGAGCACAGAACUUUCAUGGAGCACCUUUAACUGUUGCCACAACAGGGCCAUCCGUCUACUACAACCCAUCACCAGCUUAUAAUUCCCAGCAUCUUCUACGAACAGCCGCCACUAAUGUGACUCCCACAAAGGCUCCUGUCUAUACCAUGAAUAGACUUACACCUCAGCAACAUAUAUACACGUAUCAACAACCGAUGCAUACUCCUCCACUACAGAAUACCUCUGCUUGUAUGUUUUCACAAGAGAUGUAUAGUACUCCACUGCGUUUUGACUCUCCUGCAACUGGACUUCUGUCUCCGCGUGGCAGUGAAGACUAUUACAAUUAUAGCGUUCUGCCAACGAACACAAACCCACCGCUCCCUGAGCCAGGUUAUUUCACCAAGCCUUCAGCAGUGCCUCCAGUUCCGAGAUCUGCAGAGCCAAAAGCAUCAGAAUUUGGGAAGCCUAACUUUGGGCCGCCUAUACCAGCAGAGGGAGCAAAGCCGCCAUCGUUAAUAACCUCGGCUCAGUCUGGUCAAUCUGCUACAUUCAAGUUUAAUUCAAAUUUUAAAUCUAAUGAUGGAGAUUUUACUUUUUCAUCACCUCAGGUCGCCGCACAGCCGCACAGUGCGGCCUAUAGUAACAGCGAUAGUCUUUUAGGACUUCUGACAUCUGAUAAACCUAUAAAAGAGGAUCGUUAUGUAGGGCAAAAGCUUCCUGCUGAGCAUGCCACUGGGCAGCGCGGUAUCUUCAGCUUCGGUAUCAAGAAUACUUCGGGCGUUUCAUUUGCAGAAAAAAUGGGCCAGAACCAACCCAAACACGCUGGUUUCAUUAAGGGAGAUGGGUUCAGCUUCCAGGAUCUUGGCAAGCCUAUGUUUGGUAUUCCAAAUCUGGAUGUGGCAAACAGAAGUCAUGAAACAGAUGGCGGAAGUACCCAUGGUGGCGAAGAUGAUGACGACGGGCCUCAUUUUGAACCCGUCGUGCCACUGCCUGACAAGAUUGAGGUAAAAACAGGUGAGGAAGAUGAAGAGGAAAUCUUCUGCAACAGAGCGAAACUCUUCCGUUUCGAUGCUGAAUGCAGAGAGUGGAAAGAGAGGGGUGUUGGUAAUGUGAAAAUUCUGAGGCAUAAAGUAACUGACAAAAUCAGGUUACUGAUGAGACGAGAGCAGGUGUUGAAAAUCUGUGCAAAUCACUACAUAAGUUCUGAAAUGACUUUGACGCCAAAUACUGGGUCAGACAAAUCAUUUGUUUGGCAUGCCUUAGACUAUGCAGACGAAUUGCCGAAACCUGAGCAACUGGCAAUCAGAUUUAAAACACCGGAAGAAGCUAUGCUGUUCAAGAGCAAAUUUCAAGAGGCUCAGAAAAGUUUGAAGGACUCUGGACCAAAUGUUAGUGAACAGGCUACUCAAAAUAUUGGGUCAUCAAGAGAAAUAACUCAAGAUGCAAAGGAGUCUAGUAAGCCUGAUCCUGGAUUCCAUUUUAAGAGUGGCACAUCCUCUCUCGGUGGUAGCAGCCAAGGUUCAGGCUCUAAUCUGAAUAAUACAACAAAAAAUGCAAAUACCAAAAGUACAUUUACAGUUGCAUCAACUGGGUCUAUACCUGCAUCCUUUUCUUUUGAUAAGGGAGUUCUGGCAACACACACAAUGCGUGAAUUUGGUGCCCAGUUUAAAUUGAAGAAAGAUCAGUGGGACUGUAAUGUAUGUCUGGUUAGAAAUAAAGAAAGUGCACAGAAAUGUAUAGCAUGCCAGAAUCCAAAGCCACUUGAUAAAACAACACUCACUGUGACUCCUCAGUCAGAAUCUGCUGUAGCUUUCAAACCAAAUACCGAAAAUGCACAGAGUACGUUUGGACCCAUGCCUGCUAAAACAGAAAACCAGUGGGAAUGCAGGGUCUGCUCUGUAAGAAACGAAGCCAACAUAUCUCAUUGUACUGGCUGCAAGAACCCCAGUGGAACUAACGCACCCGUAUUUGGUCCUCAAGCCACAUUCAAAUUUGGCCAAACAGAUGCUCCAAAGGUCCAACAAAGUGAUGCUCCAAAGGUCCAACAAAGUGACUUUGGGGCUGCUUUUUUGAAGAAGGAAGGUGAAUGGGACUGCAAUACAUGCUUAGUACGAAAUAAAGCUUCCUCAUCAACUUGUGAAGCUUGCCAGAUGCCGAAUCCGUGUAACAGUGCUCCGUGCCCACUUGUUAAUACUGCGCCUCCGACAUUUGGCUUCAAAAGCAAGUUAUCAGAACCCACCAAAGGACCUCUGGGGACAGGUUUUAAGAGUAACAUUUCAGAACAAGGCUUCAAAUUUGGCCACUCUCUAGAGCAAGAGAAGUCUUCUUCCUUUACGUUUCAGAUUCCUUCUAGCGCAGAAGCUAAGCCUAUAAAGACUGGGUUUAAUUUUUCAAUGGCUGCCCCCCCAGGUGGGUUCAAAUUUGGUAUACAAGAGCCUAGCAAAGAUGUGGCAAAAGAUGAACAGAACAAAGAAGAUAGUCUUGUGGAAAAGAAGAACUCCAAGGGCGAAGGUGGCGAAAAAUCUCAGGAUCCGUCUAGCAAACAGAGCAGCAAUUUAGUUUUUGGGCAACAUAGCAGCAUUUCCACUUUUGCUGAUCUUGCAACAACAGCUGGCGAAGGAUUUCAGUUUGGUAAAAGAGACCCAAAUUUUAAGGGAUUCACAGGUGCAGGUGAAAAACUAUUUUCUUCUCAGGCUAAGUCUCCUUCUAAAGCAAAUACCUCCGCUGAUCUUGACAAGGAUGAUGAUGCAUAUAAAACCGAAGACAGCGAUGACAUUCAUUUUGAUCCGGUGGUCCAGAUGCCUGAAAAAGUUGAACUUGUAACUGGUGAAGAGGAUGAGACAGUGUUAUACUCACAAAGGGUGAAAUUGUUUAGGUUUGAUGCAGAGACUAGCCAGUGGAAAGAACGGGGUGUGGGCAACUUGAAAAUUCUUAAGAAUGAAGUUAACGGCAAGUUGCGGAUGCUCAUGCGACGUGAGCAGGUACUAAAGGUCUGUGCAAACCACUGGAUCACAACCACCAUGAACUUGAAGCCCCUCUCUGGCUCAGACAAAGCAUGGAUGUGGCUAGCCAGCGACUUUUCUGAUGGUGAUGCAAAGCUGGAGCAAUUGGCAGCUAAAUUCAAAACUUCAGAGCAGGCUGAGGAAUUCAAACAGAAAUUUGAAGAAUGCCAAAGGCUACUGCUGGACAUACCACUCCAAACCCCGCACAAACUGGUGGAUACUGGGAAAACAGCCGAGCUCAUACAGAAAGCAGAAGAAAUGAAAAGCGGGUUGAAAGAUCUCAAAACCUUCCUAACCGAUGAUAAAACUAAGCUUGCAGAUGAAGAAAACAGAAGCUCUGCUUCUGCUGUGAGCUCUUCGGAUUUGAUUAUAAAACCCCAUGCAGACAGCACUGGGCCUACAUUAGAAUGGGACAACUAUGACUUACGUGGGGAAGCACUGGAAGACUGCACCAAUAACUCUGUGUAUGCACUGCCUCGGGCCAGUAGCCCUGUGAGGAAAAAUCUGUUUCGGUUUGGAGAGUCUACAGCAGGGUUUAACUUUAGCUUCAAAUCUGCCCUGAGUCCCUCAAAGUCUCCUUCCAAGCACAACCAAAGCAGGACUUCCAUAGGCACAGACGAGGAGUCGGACAUUACCCAAGAAGACGAAAGAGACGCUCAGUAUUUCGAACCAGUAGUCCCUUUGCCUGACCUUGUAGAAGUAACGAGUGGUGAAGAAAGCGAGCAAGUGGUCUUCAGUCACCGAGCCAAGCUCUACAGAUACGAUAAAGAUGCCAAUCAGUGGAAAGAGAGAGGUAUUGGAGAUAUAAAGAUAUUGCAGAAUUAUGACACUAAGCAAGUCCGCAUAGUCAUGAGAAGGGACCAGGUGUUAAAGCUUUGUGCCAAUCAUAGAAUAACCCCAGAUAUGAACAUCCAGCAAAUGAAGGGAACGGAGAGAGCAUGGGUAUGGACUGCAUGUGACUUUGCUGAUGGGGAAAGAAAAGUAGAGCACUUGGCUGUUCGAUUUAAGUUGCAAGAUGUUGCUGACUCCUUUAAGCAGAUUUUUGAGGAAGCAAGAUGUGCUCAAGAAAAAGACACCUUAAUUACACCACUCUGCUCGCGUGCUAAUACUCCAAAAGAAUCUCCAUGUGGAAAAAUUGCUGUUGCCGUCCUGGAAGAAACCACCAAGGAGAGAACAGAUUUAAAGCAAGAAGAAGAGGCUGUUGACGAAGUGGUGGAAACUUCAGUAGCGCCAAGUACUUCUGAGACCCCAACAAAAGCAGUGGUUUCACCACCCAAGUUUGUGUUUGGCUCAGAAUCUGUCAAAAGUAUUUUUAAUAAUGAGAAAUCAAAGACUUUCACGUUUGGAAACACAUCAGCAACAGGAUCUUUAUUUGGUUUCAGUUUUAAUGCUCGUCCCAAGAGCCCAAGUGAUAGUUCAGCAUGUCAAACUACAGGAGAGAGAGAACCAGGGAUCACGUUUGGCAGUGUAAACUGCAAAGUUGCUGGGCGGCAGGAAGGUGGCGACUGGAAAUCCUCUGAUGGCAAAGAAGUUCAAACGGCUACCUCCAAAAUGGAAGGGCUUUAUAACUUUUCAUUUAAAAUACCAGAAAAAGCUGAGAUUAAGAAGGAACCAGAUACUGUUACGUCUGAUGAUGUAUUGCUUGUAUAUGAAUUAACACCCACUCCUGAACAAAGAGCUCUUGCAGACUCCCUCAAAUUACCACCGACAUUCUUCUGCUACAAGAACAAACCUGGUUAUCAGAGUAGUGAUGAUGAUGAUGAUGAGGACUAUCAAACAGCAGUGAGGAAUCUUAAUGGAAAGCUGUAUCCUGAUGAACCUAAAGAACCCACAAGGCCAAAGGAAACUGAUACAGGUAUCAUAGGAGAAAAUGAGGCAGAAAGCGGAAGUGAGUGUGUUCUAGUCUGGGAAAAGAAACCAACUCCUGAAGAAAAGGCUAAAGCAGAGACGCUAAAGCUUCCACCAACAUUUUUCUGUGGCAUUAGCAGUGAUACUGAAGAAGACAAUGACAACUUGGAAGACUUCCAAAAAGAACUUCAAAAAAUCCAAGAAACUAAAGAAGCUCAGGCAGGUGAAGUCACAAGUUCAGUUGAUGUGAGGACCACUGAGGAAGAAGCACCUGUUGCAGUAGCCAGUGGACGUGAAGAAUUGCACUCUGCUACAGAAUCUAUACAAACAAUGCAGGCUUUAUUGGGAAUGGAUGAUACACCUGUUGAUCUGUCAACUAAAAAAGAAAAUGAUUUAAAUUCUGCAGCUUCUACCAACCAGGAAAAGGAACCUUUCUCAUUUGACCUUGGCAACAUACAUGACUUGUCUUUUGCUGAUCUGGCUUCAAAUAAUUCUGGGGAUUUUGCUUUUGGCUCUAAAGACAAAAACUUCAAGUGGGCAGAUACAGGAGCAACUGUAUUUGGAGCCCAGCCAGCUUCUAAAGGAGAGAAUGAAGAAGAUGGGAGUGAUGAAGAAGUUGUACAUAGUGAAGAUAUUCAUUUUGAACCAAUAGUAUCUCUCCCUGAGAUUGAAGUGAAGUCAGGAGAAGAAGAUGAAGAAAUUCUUUUCAAAGAGAGAUCGAAACUCUACCGAUGGGAUAGAGAAGUCAAUCAGUGGAAAGAACGUGGUGUGGGAGAAAUAAAAAUCUUGUUCCAUACACAGAAGAAAUACUAUAGAAUUUUAAUGAGAAGGGACCAAGUUCUCAAAGUUUGUGCAAACCAUAUAAUCACAAAAGCAAUGGAAUUAAAACCCUUGAAUACCUCAAACAAUGCUAUGGUUUGGACUGCUACAGAUUAUGCAGAUGGUGAAGCUAAAGUGGAACAGCUUGCAGUCAGAUUUAAAAGCCAAGAACUGGCUGAUUCUUUCAAGAGGAAAUUUGAAGAGUGUCAACAAAGCUUAUCAGAGUUACAGACAGGCCACAUAUCCCUAGCAGAAGAACUAUCAAGGGAAACUAACCCUGUGGUGUAUCUUGAAGUUUCUGCUGACAAUGAACUUCUAGGUCAUAUAACCAUGGAAUUGUUUUCAAAUAUUGUUCCUCGAACAGCAGAGAACUUCAGAGCACUCUGCACAGGAGAAAAAGGAUUUGGUUUCAAAAACUCCAUAUUUCACAGAAUAAUUCCAGGUUUUGUCUGUCAAGGAGGCGACAUCACUAAACAGGAUGGCACCGGGGGACGAUCUAUUUAUGGAGAUACAUUUGAGGAUGAAAACUUCGAAGUAAAACACACUGGGCCUGGCUUAUUGUCCAUGGCAAAUCGUGGCAGAGACACCAACAAUUCUCAAUUUUUUAUUACUCUAAAAAAGGCAGAGCACUUGGACUUUAAACAUGUUGUCUUUGGGUUUGUGAAGGAUGGAAUGGAUAUUGUGAGGCAAAUAGAAUCUUUUGGCUGUCCUAAAGGAACAGUGUCAAAAAGAAUUGUGAUUACAGAAUGUGGGCAAAUAUAAAAAUUACUGUGACAUGUAUGCAGAUGGAAAGAAAUCAGCAUUCAACAGAUCUAGACAAAAUUAUGUUCAGUUUUGGAAAAACUGAAUAUUUUUGGUGUACAAAUGUAAAGUUACAGCUUAUAGCUGAGUACUUUUUUAAAGUGUU